AUGGAGGAGUUUGUCUCAACGAUAAAAUCUCUCACAGAGAAACUGCAGCAGAAACAGCUGACAGAUCGUGAAGAGGUGAUAGAGAAACUCUUCUCUGAAGUCUCUGGCCUGGAGCCUUUUCCCAAAAUGCCAGAUCCACAGCUUGAACAAUGUGCUAUUCAGCUGUGGAACUGGGCAGUUACUAAGAAUGUGGAUGCCACCAUAAGUGAUAAUCAGAAAGCCAAAGUGCGUCACGUCGCAUGCAGUCUGCUGCACUGCUGUGAGCCUGAGAAUCCAACAGAGGGCGUCAUUCGCAAACAGAUCCUGAUGGCCAGCAAAACAGGGAGAACCUGGCUGGACUGCAAAAAUCCCCAGAUGGCAGAUAAUUUCUUAAGUCUCGCUGUCAAGAGCCUGGAAGCCCUCUAUAACCAACUGACGUCCAAAGACGAGGGAGCAGCUGACGUCGCUUCAUCCAAGGCGGAUGUGGAGAAGGAUCUACUUCGAAUUCUCUCAUCCCAGGCAGAAUCGGCCAUAACUCAAGGGAAUAACCAGGAGGCUGUCGUCUACAUACAGCGCUGUAAAGACAUGUUGCUGCGGGUACCAAAAGAUACCACAUUUCUCUCCCUCAUGUGCUACAACUUUGGAGUAGACAUGUACCAUGUUAGAAAGUUGAAGGACAGUGCAUUUUGGUUGAGCCAAAGCUACGACAUUGGGAAAAUGAAUGUGAAAUAUGCCCCUGGAUCCGACGUUCUGGCCAAGAUUUUGCGGCUCCUUGCUACUGUUUACUUAGAGUGGGAUUGUCAGGGAUUUCAGGACAAGGCUCUCAGCGCUGUCAGCCUAGCCAACAAGGAAUGUGUGAGCCCAUUUGGGCUGUACCUAAAGAUCAAAAUACUCCUGAGAUGUGGGGCCUCAGACAAUCACAUCAGAGCAGGACUAAAUGAAAUGCUGGAAUCAGAGGCAUCUGUUGAAGUGUGUCUGCGCACAGUGGAACUACUCAUGUGUGAUGACAGAGAAGUGCUGGCAUUUGAGUAUUUGAAAAGCGUGUGUCAGCACUUUGAGUCGUCCCCUGACCAGGGAGCUGCUCUUGUCUUGCACAUUGAGCUGCUGCUGCAAAGAGGCAAGGAGCUGCUGGGAAAACAGAAGAUAGAGGAUAUAAUCACUGGCCACUAUACAGGAAAACAGCUGACUCCACAGGCCCUCACAAAGCUACAUGUCAUCCUGUGGGAUAAAGCAGCCAAACACUUUGACACCAGCAACUAUUCUGAGGCUCUUCAGUGGUAUAACUACUCCCUGAGUUUCUUCAAGGCAGGUCAAAUGGAGCCCAACUUAGCCAGACUGCAAAGGAACAGAGCGUCCUGUUUCCUGCUACUUAAACAGCUGGAAAAGGCUAAAGAAGCAAUCAAGGAAGCAGAGAGAUGUGAUCCUGACUGCAUUUUCACUCAGUUCAGUGUUUACAAGAUUGCUGUCCAAGAGAACAAUGUGGAGAAAGCUGCAGAGGCACUGAAUGCAAUGGGACGUCUUUCCAAGAGUCCUGUAGCCAGUGAGGACAGACUGCUGGUGUCUGAGAAUGCUGCUUCCUGUCUCUUCAGUCUGAGUGCUCAGAUUGCGUUGGAGAGUGGACAGAAGGACACUGCCAGAAAAGCUCUAGAGUGUGUGUGUAACAACUCUGAUGAUGAAGAUAAGAUUCUGAUUGCUCUGAGGUGUUUGGUUCGGCUUGUGCUCCCCGCAGCAGAAAAACCAGAUGAUGAGUUGAGUGAUGUGAAUCUGGAUAUCCUGCUGUCAUAUGUAAAAAUGGCUCUGCAGACACUUUCACACCAUUCUCACAUGACUGCUGAGCAACGCACAGAGGAAGCUAACUGGUUCAGAAAGACUGCUUGGAACUUGGCUCUGUCGUGCGAGAGAUACCCUGACAGAAUGAGGGAUUUCUUUGUGCUCUCCUACCAGCUCUCCCAGCUGUGCCCUCCUGAUCGCACACUGCUCAUGGGCCAGAGGACUUGUCUGCUAAUGGCUGCUGCUACCUCUUUGGAGCUCUGCAGGAAGUCUCCUCACUCCGCCCAGAUUGAGGAGCUGACUCAAGCUCUGGAGCACAUUCUGAUGUGUUGGGAGAUCGGGAAAACCUUGAAAGCAUCAGGAAGCUUCCCAGCGGACCCAACAGAUUCACUGCUGCUGCUGUAUGAAUUUGAAGCACGGGCUAAACUGAAUGACCCCAAGGUUGAGAUGAUACUGGAGUCCGUCCUUGAGCUUGAAAAUGUAGAAGCCAAAGUGCUGGAGGCCAUUGCAGCCUUAGCCAUGGAGCCUCCAGCCCACUUCCCUCUGCUGUGUAAGAAGGCCCUGAGGGUGGCUCUCUCUCUGCACAAGAAACAACCACAGCCUGACCUGGCCCACUGCAGCAAGUGCAUUCAUACCCUGAUCAAGCUGUCCCUCCCAAGUGGUGUGUCAGAGGUGGAGGCCCAUGUGCUCAAGGAGGUGUGGGACUACUACGUGGAGGCCCUGUCCAUCAUCGCAGCCGCACCGGACGACUUCCCAGAGAUGGAGACCCUGUGGUUGCUGACUCGGGCUUGGAACACGGGGAUAUUGCUGUACAGCUUGGCUCAGUAUCCCGAAGCCGAGAAGUGGUGCGGCCUUGCCAUGAGCUUCAUCCGCCACCUGGGAUCUCUUCAGGAGACCUAUGAGACACAGAUGCCUGGUCUCUACAGUGAAAUCCUGGACAGAUUGGACAAAGCAAAGAGAAACCACAACAUGGAGUACUAGAAACACUGGGACAGGUCAGCUGUUGUUUUAAACCCUGUUCAGAGCAUCAAUUGAAAUCUGUUCUGUUCCAUUAGUUUGUUGCAGGUAAAUGUUCUUAAGGUUGUGAAAAAAUCAAAUUCAGAUAUUGCACAGUUCUGUGCAACUGUGGGGCGUCCUGCUAGACCGCCACAUUUGUUUCCAUCUCCGUACUUUAAUAAAAUCUAAAAUGCCAACAAAAAAAAAUCUCUUUAAAAAGUUUAUAUAAUUGAAGUAGUUCGGGUUGUUUUCAAAGCUAAUGCUUAAACCAGAAUAACAAGCACGUCAAAAUCAUAACUGAGUCACAUAUUUUAUUUUCAAACAAAUAAACUCUUGUCAAGUCCCAAAAUAAAACCCAAACAAAAGUUGCAGGACUGUGUUCCCUCAUGACUAGGACAGGGAAGACCAUGAGGCCAAGUGUCCUGAUAGGCUGUACCACCUGCAGUGACAGGAAGGAAACUACUGUACAAUCAAAGGGUUCAUGUUUGCAAGCACUUACUGCACAGGUGUGCUAUAACAUAAACAUAUCAUCACCCAAAAGUACAAACAAGAACCCUGACCCCCCCACCCAAAAAAUAAAAGCAUAUAUGUCGUCAUUUCUCUCAUCAGAACAAAGACCCUCAUCAAUUAUACACACACAGAGGCAUUCAGGUUCCAUCUUGUUACCACAACCUCAAUGGAAAGAGUAAAAUGAAAUCAAGUUCUUUGGGCUUUGACAUGGCUGACUGAGGUAUGAAUACCACACACAUUGUUAACAGUCAGCUGUAUUUCAACUAAACACCAGAGAAGACCAAUUCUAAACUUCUAAUAAUGUAUUGAUCAACGCUCCUGGUUUCUGUGAUAUUGUGUAGGUUUCUGCCUGCAUCACUUUAUUUUACAAUAUAUUUUUUUUUAAAUCUAUACACCCAGACACGUUCCACAAGAAAUCACAUGUAGACAGGCCCUACUUGAGGGAAUUGAAUUCCCAACUGACUAGUUAAGUGUUCCAAUAGGCAUUUGAAGAGAAAUACCAACAAUACAGCACAUUUGUAUGGAAAUUAUAUCUCAAGAGUAGCUCAAACUUUACUUACCUGACAUUUGUGGUCUAUAAAACAUGUUUGUCCCAGUUUGAUUCACACAUGCAUGAAGCACAGGUGAGGGGGAUCUGCUGGGGGCUUAUUUACAUUGUACAGCUACCACACCCUUUGAAACAGUCUGCAAGCAGUUUAUAAAUGGCUCUGUUCCCUUCGGUUAUUCCCUGAACUCUGGUUUUGACACAGGUAAUGACAGCUGGUUUAGCAGUGGUGCCUGGCAGGUGGGCACACCUGUUCAGAAAAUGCCUGCAGGUACAGGUGCUCUGUGGGUGGGAGAGAGCAAUGGACCCAGAGGUCUAGGUUAACACUUCUUGUUGGGUCUGGCUCUCUGAGGAGAAAAAAAAAAUAAAAUCCCUUUGCACUCUUCAAAAAGCUGAGGAAGAAAGCGAGAAUGCUGGCAGAAUUGGGGGCCACAGGACUCCUUCAGACGUGCCCUCUCACAUGCACACGUCGGCAUACAGCGCCAAGAUCUGCACAGAAAGGCAGAGCGGGUCAUUUCAAUCCUCGUGAUGCCGCACAGCAUAGGUUACCAAACCGAUGGCCUCGAACAAGCUCCCAGCCCCGCAAGAAACAGAAGACACGCAAUACGACCUGAUAACACCAUCCAGUUGAAAAUGCCUUUAACUACACGACAGUGCCAUGAGUACUCAUUUGUUCACAACUACAAACUCUGUGUCAUCGCCCAAACAUGGCCGUUCAGUCACAGGGGAAAUGGUAUCUGUACGUUAAGAUUCCUGAGCUGGUCUAGCUCACCCCAGACACACUAAGAGCUCAAACACAGUGGUUCAGCACCUGCCAACAACAGAUUCAUGAAGAAUUCAUACGUUUAUAGAUACACAAAGCAUAUAGGUUUACUCAAACCCAACUUUAGUGUUGUUUUUGGUAGGGGGACAGGGGGACAAUCCAAACAGGUUAUAUUGACUCUUUAAUCGUUAGGACAUCCAAUACAAUUAUUGUCUUGUUCUACCCGUUUUAAGGCCACCGUCAUGGCGGCAGAUAGGACAGUACCAUGUGACCAAUCAGAAGAGAAUCCUCUGGGAAGGCAGAGAGUGUAAUAGGGUGGUCUGCUGCUCAACAUGAGUUAGGAGGCUCUGGCUGUCCAAAUUGUAAUCCAAUGGCCAAAUUCUUUAAUUACACUGAAAAAAGUUUGAUAUACAGAGAAAAGGCGCCCACAGAGGUGAGACUCUAUAUAUAUCUAUAUAUAGAUAUAUAUAUAUAGAUAUAUCUAUAUAUAGAUAUAUAGAUUUUUUAAUUAUUUUUUUAAAUCUAUUGCACUCAAGUCAGGCCUCCUGACAGUUGGAGGACACAAAAAAGUAA